AUGUCUGCUACUGCUACUGUUGCUGCUGGUACAAGUGAUUCGAGCGCGCGAGAAUCACCGCCUGGGCCAGCGGCGGCGAAUCGGGGCCAUGCGAGGAAGAAGAAAAUCAGCAGGAAGAACAGCGAGUACCGGGGGGUGAGGCGGCGUCCAUGGGGCAGAUUCGCGGCGGAGAUUCGCGAUCCAAACACGAAGGAGCGGCGGUGGCUGGGGACGUUUGAUACCGCCGAGGAGGCGGCGCUUGCCUACGAUGUGGCCGCUAGGGCAAUGCGAGGGAUUCGCGCGCGCACCAAUUUCGUCUUUGAUCAAUCUGAUCGUCCAGCGGUGGCAGCAGCAGCAGCCGCGCCGCGAUCUUCCUCUUCUUUCUGCGGGAUCUCGAAAUAUCCUUCCAGUUCUUCGAUGAUGAUCCAGCAGCAGCCCGGCGGCGCCAAGAGCCCCAAGCAGGUGGAGAUCGAGCAAGUCCUGGAGAAAUGCCGCAUCUAUCAGCUUCAGAUCCAGAGCAAGAACGUCCAGCACGAUCAAUCGAGGGAGCGCGCAAUGGCUGGUCCGGACUUCCCCCUUGCGCGCGACGACGACAAUCUCCUCCAGAUCCUCCAGCAGCCAUCCCCUCAGCAGGAAUGGGAUCUCGGGGCGGCGAUUGGUUUCUCGAGCCAGGAACACGAGAUGAUCGAUUACUAUGGCGAAUCGAGCUUCUACUGUUUAACAUAG